AUGGCCAUGGCGGCUGUCGAGGCUUGCUCCCCUUGCAAGACAACACUGCACCAGCGCAGGGUCGCCGCGCAGUGCGUGCAGGCAGCGCACGCGAACGACCAGCACGCAAGCGCCGACGACGCCAGAGGGCACGGCGAUACUUGCAUCGCCGUUGGGCACAUGAAGGUGGCCGACGGUUGCCUCAAGCCGAGGGCUGCCAAUUGGGCUGAAGGAUUCGAUUUGUCAGGCAUGAACCCCAACCACCAGCAGAGGCUGUGA